AUGCACGCUAUCGUGCCUAUAGUGGAAUGUACCAAAGCCCUGCCAAACGCUUUGAGCAAUCAGUUCUUUUGCAGGAAGAUGGUGCAAACAAUUCUCCAUCCGGACCAAAGUCCAGAGAUCCGUGUCACCAGGAGUUGCGGCUGGGUCAAACACAAACGCGAAUGCUACACAGCGGACAAUAAAGACCAUUUGGAAACUGUGUGCCAGUGCUUCGGUGACGUUUGCAACGCGGGAAACGUUUUCGGAAAUGCGAAAGCGACGGUUCUCGGAAUCCUGUCGGCAAUCUUUUACAAUUACAAAAAUUGGCGAACGGAAGUU